GUGCGAUAUUGGUAUGUAUUGGUGCGACGGUGAAGACUUGACAGGUACGAUGCCGGUACAUAAACAAUCUAUGAGGCAAACUGAACUAACAUAUAUUUUGUUUCUUUUUAGAAAAGCGAAUUUACCAGCCGAAAAAAACAUCAUGACGUCGAAAUCGUCCCUGUAUCGAAAGCGCCGUCUCAUCCUUGAAGAAGAGGAACGAAUUAUGCGGGAAGAACGUGAUGCAAUGGAGGCUUCCAGCUUUGUUUCGGUACCGGCAUCGGGGGCUUCCGGCUUUGCUACGGAGCCGGCAUCGGAGCCCAUGAAUUUAGAUGUUUUAUAUGAUUCCAAUACUGUAUCAGUAGAUAGCGUUGGUGGUGGUAUAGUGGGUAGUAGUAUAGAUGUAAAUACUAACGAUAUUUAUGAUGAAGUAGAAGAACCGGCUGAACUUCGCGAUGAUUUUUGGACGGAAGCUUAUAGCUUCUUGAACGAUUUUUCAACGUUGAAAGACGCUUUGAAAUAUUUGGCAGUGGCAGGGCAUCUUUCUCGAAGUUUUCUCAACUUGCUGUUGGCGAUUUUAAGAAAGUUUGGACACCCUGAUCUACCGAAAGACGCUCGUUCGCUUCUCAAAAUACCCAGAGUAAGCAAUGAGAUUCAAACCGUUGCAAGUGGACGUUUUUGGUAUCCGGGUAUUGAGGUUGCCCUUAGAAAUGUUUUUAAAAAUAGCCCUCCACAAGUGACGAAUUUAAGCCUUCAAGUAUCGAUUGAUGGACUUCCACUCUUCAAAAGUAGUGUCACUCAGUUUUGGCCAAUUCUAUUCAAGGUAGAAGAGAUAUCCGAUUGUCCGGUAAUGGUAGCGGGUGUAUUUAGCGGCCAAACCAAUCCCGGUAGUCUCGAGCAAUUCCUGCGUCCAAUAGUUGACGAAAUUAACAAUUUACGGUCAACAGGCAUACAGUUUGGUGAUCAUGUACUUCCAGUAUGUAUUAAGGCCUUCAUUGCUGAUUCACCAGCACGGGCUUUUAUUAAGUCUGUUAUGGGAUUAUCGGGUAAACACGGUUGCACGAAGUGCACUACCGUUGGAGUGCAUGUGCAACCCGAAGGUAAGGUAAUUUUUAAUCCUUUACCUGCACCCCCGCGUACUGAUACUAGUUUCCGUGCAAGAGAGGAUAAAGAACACCAUAAGACAAUACAUACCCCCUUAGAAGACAUUGAAGGUUUAGAUAUGAUCAAGAGUUUUCCAGUUGCUGAUCGAUUGCAUCUUCUUGAUUUGGGUGGUAGUCGUAAAUUUCUGCAGGGAUUUAUGAAUAAUAAAAUGGUUAGCUUUGAUCGGUGGACAAGUGAUCAAAAAAAAAAUAUUUCUCACUUUUUGGUUAAAACCAAGCUUCCUUCCGAAGUACACCGACCAUUUCGAUCGCUGGAAACAAUUCAGUAUUGGAAAGGAACCGAGUUUAGAUCUUUUCUGCACUACGUUAGCCCUGUAAUAUAUAAAGAUUUCAUGAGGUAGGCUAUAAUCAUUAUCUACUCUAUUUUUGUAGUAUUACAAUUUAUUCUUCGUCAACCCAUGCGCACUUACAUUCUCUUGCACGUAGAAUGCUUCUUAAAUUUGUUUUAGAUUUCCCAAUUCAUUAU